GUUCCUCCGGCUAAAGUGUCCCGACCUCAGGGUGUUUUAAAACCUAAUUUGGUCUGUAAAUGUGAGCGAAAAGGGCGCGGAGGUUCUGUGUUUCUUCUUCUUCUUUUUUUUGCACACGGCAUUUGGGAUUUUUAGGGGGCUGAUUUUAGUCGGUGUGACUUUCGAGACAUUUCCGCCGAGAAAGUUUUUCGUGUCGCGAAAAGGAACCGUGAAAAGUUUGAAACGUGGCUGAAACGCUCCUCCGCAUGCACCACCGCGGCGGGCGAAAAGGAGCCUCCACCCCCCCCCCCCGUGCGCGUGUGUUCCCGGGGGCUCGGAGGAGAAAUUCGUGUCCCGUCUGGUGCGUUUCUCUUUGGAUAAAAGGUUUAUUGCGAUCUCUGAACCGUUCUUCUGAUCCCGCCCGCAUAUCACGAGUCCUCGCUGUGAUGUUUGCUUGCAGCCUUUGAAGGUGAACUGGACUUUCGCCUCGCUGUUGUUUUUAUACUUAAAUACAAAUUAGUCCCGUAGUUUGAUAAUUGUUUAUUACUCGGCAAAAUGAACAAAAAGACACACGAGACCCCUAAUGUCACUAUCGCUGCCUUCGGGUAAAGUCGCAAAUGCUUGUUGUUCUCCUUAAAGUAACUUUUUUCCCCCCUAUUUUUCUAUUUUUUAAUGCAUCGCAUACGCAUGUCCGCUGAGAUUGUGCUUUAUCGCCAGUUUGGCAAAAUUAUUAAAAAUCAUUUUUUACCUAAGAAUCAAGACGCGAGUCCUACCCGAUUGAUGCGAAAAACCGUGCAUUCAUUACGUGAAUCGCAUUAUUAUAUCGUAAUAGCAGCUCGAGCUGAGGUGCAGAAGCUUGACCGCCGAUGAGGUUUUGAUAUGAACUGUGUGUUUACGGUUGGGUUUCUGAAUUCUCCUCCUGGAGCAGCAGCCGUGUCCAAAAGGCGCAGCAGCCCGGACUACAAUCGCAUACGUGGGCAACAAAACCCCGCCGAUCAACGAGGCAGACUUUCGCAACCCGUAUUUAUUUUUAACCCGUUUGAAAUAUAUAUUUGAUGCGCCUCCAGUAUUUAUGGUGUAUUGACUUACAGGGCGAGUCUGCUCUCAGCUAUCGUUGGUUCACGGCUUUGGAAACGGCUGCAUAAUCGUAUAAAUAACAUAAUUACAAAUAAAGUAAUAUUUAAGUAUAGGAUAGUUUUUUUUUUUUCGCGGGGUCUAUGUGUGGUUUCCACGGCCGGGGCAGAGCAGCUGGCCGCCGCCUCUCCUGCUGGUUGUUUUCCCGGGGAGCGGAGCCGCGGAGCGGGGCUGUCUGUGCGGUGGAGGCGGGGUGGAGGAGAGCUGCUGCUGCUGCUUUGCUCGCUUGGCAUUACGCGAGAUCGUCGUAUUGCUGAUGGAAGUUGGAGUUGGGAACGAGACGCGUCGCUGUGUGCCGUCGAGCGGCGCGUUCAACGUUUAGUUUCUCAAGCGCUUUUCCGAACUGCGUCAUUGCGCGCAGUGACCGCCCGCUGCAAUGAGGAGAAAUCCCUAAAAAUAACAGUUUGCUCAGUGUGCGUUAGAUUGUGUGUCAAGCGAAUGUUUUCUUGUUGUAUUUUCGUAGGUCCGCAUGAUGGCUGAAAAUAAGCCCGAAUCGCCUGGAAAACUAAAGACAGUAUCAUAGCCCAAAAAAUCGGCUUUUACAGAAUAGGGGGCCUAUCCGAACGGACUAUUUCUUUUCACAACUUUCCCCACUGUGGAUAAUGGAUGGCAGAGAUUUUGGACCUCCCCGAUCCGUCCACGUACCACCGCCGUUGCUGGCGGGGCUCGCGAUGGAGUCUCCCCGACUCGGAGCAGCAGCUUCGGCCGGGAGGAUGCCUCCCUCGCCCGGUCACAGCCACGCGCCGCCUCUUCACUCCGGAAAAUUCCUGCCAUCGGCCAUUAACCUACAUCCACAUCACAUGAACAGCGUGAAUGGAGAGCUGGAGGAGCUGGCGUGCAACCAGAGAAGCCAAGGCGAUCCUUACCCGGCAGGCUCCAGUCCCUUUCUGUCAGGUUACCCCGGCCACUCCCCCUUGACCUCUGACCCCACAUACAGAUCGGCCAACCCCGGAGGUCUUCAGAUGGCCCAGCUGUGGGCAUCACACGCUCAUGACGCAUACCCUGCUCUGCCAAGCAGCCUGUACCCUUACCUGUCCCUGGGGCACCUGGAGCCUCCCCCGCUCUCCCAGCACCCUCUCUACGACUCCCAUAAAGAGGGCUUUUACCUGCCAGCCUCCCUGAGCCAGCUGCCUCCCCACAUGCCAUCGGCUCCUCCGACCGCCCCGUCCAGCUCCACACCGCCCCAGAGGACGCCCCGGGACGGGGGAAGGGACCGCCCUUAUCGGGUGGAAAGGGACAGAGAGCGUUCGAGAGAGGAGCCACGGCCGCACAGCGUGGUGGACCUGACGCAGGACGGGAGGAGCGAGGAGGACCGGCGAGCGAGGAGCGGCGAGCGGGAGCGAGAGAGGGACCGGGACACGGAUAGAGACAGUUGGCCCUUCCAUCGUCUCCCCCACGAGCAGAAGCCUCACCCACAGCCUUCCUCAGUGCAGCCCAGAUCCCUGCCCUCACCUCCACGGCACUCCUUCCCUUCGGGCGGGGGGGGGAGGUUUCAUGGACCAGAAACGGACAGAGGGGGUCGGGAGGAAGAGGGCGGCUCUCGACCCCACAACAACUACAACUCUAAAGCAAACUCAAACCACUCAAACUCUCACCCGGACAGACAGCAGAGGAAUGACGCCAUGGCCUCGUCGGCCGGGACGCUCCACGUCUCCUACGCCCUUCCUCCAGCGAUUCAGCCUUCCGCUGCCGGCCCGCCUCACCCGUCCACCCCCAGAGAGUCGAUGAGAGAGCAGCGAGUAAGCGCACCGACGUAUGUGCCUUCCGUGGAGGUUUACGACGAGCGGGUUGGGCCCAUCCAGAUCGCCUCGCAGGCCCGUGACAACAAACACAAGGACAGGGAACGAGAGAGGGACAGGGAACGAGAGAGGGACAGGGAACGAGAGAGGGACAGGGAACGAGAGAGGGACAGGGAACGGGAGAGCGACAGGGAACGGGAGAGCUACAGGGAGAGGGAGAGCUACAGGUUCCCUGAGAGGAGCCCGAUGGAGCAUCCCCGUCUCUCCCAGCCCAGCGAUUCAAGCAAUCAACGAGAGGAAGGUUCUGUGAUUUGUUCCAAUGGAUCCAUUGGUAAACGAGGCCAGGACGCGUCUUAUCCCUCCAACCAAUCACGGUUCAGUCCGGAAACCAGGGACAUCUCUAAACACUCAAUCCGAUUGGGCAUAGAGCGGGCAGGGGCGGAACCUAAGUGGAACGCCAUCAGCCCAUUAGCCAACUACGCCACCAGUCACAUGGCGGCCCUGGCAGCCCAACACGCGCACACACUCUCCUCCCCACACAGCCAGCCGAAACGCACACAAAUGUCCCACUCCCCCCACGCUACCCACCGGCCCGGCAACAACACACACUCUGCCCACUGCCAUUCCCCGCAGGCACAUCCCUCCCAGCACGGAAUUGGGCGUGCAGGCGAGGAGGGCAGUCAGAGACGCUACCUCGACCCAUCAACGAUCUACCGACCCGGAGGGUCAAUGGUGGGAGAGCGAGGCGCGGGAGCCGGGUCAGAUCCCACCGAGGUAUCAGCCAUGCAGAGUCUGAUUAAGUACAGCGGAAACUUUGCUGCUGAAGGUCCUGGGUCCGCCAGGCACGCCGUGGACGGUCGAGGGCCCUUCGGGGGUCUGGCCAACGUCGGGAUGGAUGCCGAAAAGGAGAGGGAUAAGGAAAUGGAGAGGGAAAAACAGAGGGAGCGAGAGAGGGGGGAGAGGGAGCGAGAGAGGGACAGGAUAUCGGGUGGUGCGGCGUUGCGGGAGCGGCCGGACAGCGCCCGCUCGUUCGGCCGGGAGGGGGAGGGGGAGGUGCGCCACCCUCCGGUGGGUAUUGCUGUAGCCGUGGCCCGGCAGAGAGACAGUGGGAGCACCAGCAAACCGAGCGGGGGCCCCUCGGACACACAGAGAAACCUGCUGCAAUCGUCCAUUAAAGAUGAGGAGCGAGGGGAGGACCGGGGUCGUCUCCACGACGACAGACUGCUUGCCAGCCGGCUGGAGCGCGAGCAAGAGAAAGUGCUCCGAGAGUCCAAGGAGCUGUCUGAGUUCACUCAGAUGCACCCUGCCCCGAUGUCUAGCAGUAUGAUGACACCCAGCCUCAUGACCCCCAACCUCAUGGUCACCGGAGGGGCGGCCCUUGCAGGGGCGGGACGAUGGCCUCCUGACCCCUCAACUCUGACCUCUCACCCCUGGAUGCCCCGACCUGGUGCCCCACCAGUCUGGCUGUCCAGCUCCCCAUACAGCCUGGGUCCUUCCUCACUCCACCAGACCCUCCCUCCCGGUUACCCCCCCUCUCUACAAGGCUCCAUGCCGCCUCACUACCAGUUUGCCAGGGACCCACAGUCUGGACAGCUAAUAGUCAUCCCCACUGAACACCUGUCACACUACGGAGGCGAGGUCCUUGAGCGCGGAGCCCCGAUGUGGUCGGGGGUUUACGGUGCAGGCAGCUCGCUGCAGCAUGCGGCCCAGCUCCAGCUCCUCUCGCAGCAGCAAAUGCUCCGGCAACAAGAGCUGCUCAUGAUCCAGCAGCACACCGCGCAGGUCCUGGAGCUGCAGAGGAAUGCACAGCUGGUCGAGCGUUUGAAGGCCAGCGAGCACCGGCCGGAGAUGGAAGACAAGGCGGACAAGCGGCACACUGAACCCAAACCUCGGCCCUCCUCCGUAUCUUCUCCGUCCCCCUCGCCCGUCCUGCACCCGCGCAAACUCCCCUUCCUCUCUCGCUCGCCGACCCCGUCUACUUCCUCUUUUGGCCCUCUACCUCUGUUUGCCUCACCGGUGACCGCCCUCAAGAGGGAGGACGACGGGCAGAGAGUGUCGUCUCACCCGCCUCCCCCCCGCUCAACCUCCCCGAUCGCGUGCUCGCCGCGGCGGCCAAAGCUGGAGGUGGGACGGAGGGAGCAGAGAGAGGGACAGAAGCCAGACUCGGCGCCCUUUCAAGGCAUCUACUCUGAUCUCCCUGCUGGUUACCCCUACCAGUCCAUCACUGCCCCAUUCAGCUCACCUUUCCCCCCUUUUCACAUCCCACCUCUCACAGCAGCGAACACAGAAAUUGUCCCCCCCCAUCGCUCCCCCGCCCCUUUGCCCUCGGCCCCCCUCCACUCCAGGCUGCUGGACACAGAUGUCAAGCUGCAGAAGCUCGAGUCGUCCAAGACGGGAUCAUUUCUUAAGCAUGAACCCGAUGUGGAACAGCCUCGGCUCGACGUGACGCCACAACCCGUCGGCCCUCUUCGCCGGAGCUGCAGCCCUGUGCUUCCCAGCCAGGACAGAGAGGAAGGCGGGGAAGCCCCGAAGCCCCAGUCCCAACCGCUGCCUCUGCUCGCCCCCAGCCCUCCACGCCUCCAAUGUGAGAGACGGGAGGAGAUCAGGGAGGAAGAGAAGGACACGGGGCAAAUCAAAAUGGAGGCGUCCUCUCACUCCUGUCAGGCGCCAUACCUGCUGCCUCCUCCACUGACAGAGGCUGAGCCUAAACCAGAGGUCAUCGACGGUCCAGAGCAAUAUUCCUUGUGCGUCGCCGCGGAUUCAGAACGCCAGGAGUUGUCUCAGCCGCGCCGGCCGCUGGGAGAGAUCCCCAGUGCCCCGGUGUGUGAGCACGAACGGCCAGCCACUCCGACCAGGCCGCACACUCCCAGCAACAAAGAAAGUGUCAAAGAAACUCUUGUAUAUCCUCCUCCGGCCGCCGAGCCGCUGGUCAUCGGGCCCGAGGAUCCCAUGGCAGGGUUGUUUGCCCUGCUGGCAGCUAGUGAGAUGGCUCAGGCCCGGCCCAACACCCCACCCAUCCUGACGCUCAUACCGCCAAUAGACAGCUCUCCCAUGGGGGCAGACUGCAGCAGCACGGGCGCUCUGGAGAUGGUGGCGCUGGAGGGCAUGGCUCUGCUUAGCCAAAUGGCCCAGCGAGAGAUGGAGCACAUUCGCCUGGAGCAGGAUAUUACGUUCGAGGGUCUGGACUGCCUGUUGAAGGCGAGCAGGGAGAUUUUGUUGGAGGCCAUCGAGAAACAGUCCCACAUUGACCUGCCCAGAACUCUGGACCCCAACAAGAAGUACAGCUGGAGGCAGAGGAAGGAAGAGCCGCUCUACAGUAAAAUGUCCGUGGACGUGUUGGACGCGGUGGAAGUGGAAUACCGCGUCCGCCUGGCCGAGCUGCAGAAGACGUAUAAGGAGAAGCAGAGAGAUUUGAGCAAGCUGCAGAGACGCAGAGACAAGCGUGAGCGGCAGGAGGAUGAGCGGCGGAGUUUGACCAGGCGGGGCAGAGGACGACCCAGGAAGAGGAAGCACUUGGCUACACCUCCCAAAUUAGACAGCAGGCCUGGAAAGGCGGGUAGGACGGUGCAAUACUCUGACGACUCUGAAGCUGGGGAUGGACAGAGGAAGAGGUUCCGGUUGUCCAGAGAGGAAGAGGAGGUGGGAAGUGGAGGAGUGAAGGUGAAAAAAAAGAAGAAGAAGAAGAAAAAUAAGAGCUGGAAUGACGCGGAGCCCUCCACCAGUCACGGUCUUGAGGUGAAGCGCGCUCACGUGUGUGAGCAGGAGCAGCUGGCGUCGGACCUCGACAGAGCGCUCUCGCUCUCUCAGCUCGGCCCGCUCGGCGCUCCGCGCAAACUUCAACUCCCCAACCUCAAGUUAGACAAGUCCAAAUGCAAGUCGGCGGAGAGUCGGGUGAAGGAGCGCGGGCUCCACCCGUCUGCCAAAGCAGGGAAACACAUGACGGCCCCCAAAGCCUCCGCUUCGGAGACAGGCCGCAAGGUGAAAAGUCAGAAGAACACGGCUCCGUUCUCUCCGGUGAGAUCAGAGCUCAGCAGCUGCUCCAACAACUCGGAUUCAGAGGAGCACAAUUCCGCUCGGGGGGGCUGGCCCCCUCUCUCAGGGAUGCGCUCUCAAGGCGACCCGACCAGGAAGAGGCGAUCGACGUCCCUGCUGCCUGACCAGAAGACUCAGAAGAAACACAAGCACUUAUCGCUGCUGCUGGAGGAAGCGGGCCUCAGCUCCUCUGACGACUCCUUUGACCAAGAAACGUCCGAGGAUGAAGACGACUACUCGGGCGAGUCUGACUCUGAUGGUGGCGGCUGUGAGGAGAGCGGCCUUGGUCUGCUGGCCAGGUUUGCGGCCAGUGCAAUUCCCGUCAGCUCCACCCCAUUGAGCAUUUUCCAUGACGGCAAACAACGCAGCAGGCAAAGUACUCUGGGGUCAUCAGAGUGUGAGUGGUCGGACUCUGGAUCGGACUUGCGACUGAGGAAGUUCCCCUCUCUGCUGCACGGCAAACGCUCCGCCCCGGAGCUGCCCCUGUUGCCCCCGGCAACCCGCCGCAUCGACCAGACCAGCCCCUUCAAGCGAGAUGACGGGCUGCUGGCCAAGCGCAAGCCUCUGCCCAAACCGCGGCCGACGCCGCGUUCCCCUCGGCCAUGUAGCUUCGACCUCGCCUGCGGGUUCGCCGGCUUCAGCGAGGACGAGGGCUGGACCCGGCGACGCAGCGAGAGGAUUUUCCUCCACGAUGCCGCCGCCACCACCUCGGCCAAUCAGUUGCCUGUGUCGACAUCCGCUUCCACCGGCCAUAGCUCCUCCUCCGGCUCAGCCCCACCUCUCCCCCCGAAGCCGGCCUCCAGACCCAAACCCUCGCCGCCCAGCAGAGAUGGGAAAGAUGUGGUGAAAAAAAAGAAGCCGAAGGACUCUCCUCUGCCUGUGAACUCGUCCACGCUGUGCAGUCCAAUCACAGACCUCCCUGCGCCUCUGAGCCUCAGCCCGGUACGCAAGAGCCCACCGAAAGCAAAGACAAAGGCCAGAGAGCCUUCCAGAGGAGCGGUUAGCCGGCUGAUGGAGAGCAUGGCGGCAGACGAAGACUUUGAGCCCAACCAGGACAGCAGCUUCAGCGAGGACGAACUGGUCCCACCACGCAGCAACAGCGUGUCGGAGAGCUCCUCCACGCUGGCUCCAGUGCAGUGUGUGUUGGAUAACGAUUCCCUGGUGGACGGACUCAGGGUUUUGAUCCCGAUGGACGACCAACUACUGUACGCUGGACAUGUGAACACUGUGCACUCCCCUGACAUUUACAGUGUGGUGGUGGAGGGGGAGAGAGGCAACCGACCACAUAUCUACUGCCUGGAACAACUGCUGCAGGAGGCUAUCAUCAACGUGAAGCCCCCGUCGGUGCGCUACCUCCCAGAGGGCACCCGCAUCGCAGCUUACUGGAGCCAGCAGUACCGCUGCCUUUAUCCCGGCACCGUUGUCAACGGAAGUUCAGAUAUUGACGAGAACGAUGAUCUCAUCACGGUGGAGUUUGACGAUGGAGACACAGGCCGCAUCCCCCUUUCCCACAUUAGACUGCUGCCGCCAGACUACAAGAUCCACUGCGCUGAGCCGUCCCCGGCGCUGCUCGUGGCCAGCUGUUCCAGGAGGAAAGUCCGCAAAUGCAGCAAAGAGGGCAAAGAAGCAGGAGCAAAGCCAGAGGAGAGCACCCCUAAGAUCAAAGGAAAACCUGGUCGCAAACCCAAACCCAAACCAGAGACCUUUUUGAACCCAGAAGGCCGUGAGAAAGCAGAUCCUCCAUCUUCCUCCGUCCAGGCCACAGAGAGACUCCUGGCUCCAUCCAAGCCCCCCCAGGACAGGACCUCCGCCGUCCAGAAGGCUGCCUCGGAGAAGCCCCGACCGGCCUCCCGGCCAUCAGUGGGAGCCCAGGAGAAACCGAGCCGCAAAAGCUCCAUCACGUCUCCCCCUAGUAACCCCACCCUUCCCAACCCGGUGGCCAGGAAGGCUGGCUCAGCCCAGCCUUCUGCUCCUAAACCGGCCCGCGCCCUCCCCCCCUCCCUCUACCCUUCCACCUAUGGAAAAGUCCUGACCGUGGAUCUGUAUAGCGAGCCCAACCUCAACUCCUACAACAGCCAGCGCAGAGAGAGAGAGAGUGGCACCACCCUCAGUCCCACCACCAACCGGCCCGUGUCCAGACCCGCUAUGGCACCGUCAUCCACUGCGACCAAGCCGAGCGCUUUGUCCGCAGCCAGAACCCCCUCUGCCUCGCCCAAAACCAAAUCGUCCUCCUCGGACCAUCACAGCGGCUCCAGACCCAGCCACGGCUCCGCACUCAUUCCCAGUCCCAUCUCCAGGCAGUCAGCAGGCAAACCGGGCUCUUCCCUGACUCCCAGACCUCCGUCUUCAUCAUCGUCAUCCGCUGCAAGGCCCAAACUGAAGAUGCCGUCCGACCAGCUGUCCUCCAGACCCGGCUCCGUCUCCAGGCCCAAACCCAACCCGGGGCCAAGUGACGCGGGCACGAGACGCAAGCCCCCGUCUGCAGAGCCCCUCGUGAAGCUCGACCACGAAGGUGUCACCUCGCCGAAGACCAAGAAGACAAAGGCUCUGAUGCUGCUAGAGGGUCGAGGCGUCAGAGGAGACCACACCCACAUCGCCACAGGCACAGCCAAUCAGGAGCGGCUAAAGGCUCGACCAAAGGCCCCGGAGAGGGAGCCUGGCCCGAAAGAGAAGGAGAAAGCCCCGGUGCUGACCAAGGAGAAGGCAGAGAGUCGUGGGAGUGCCGGCCAGGGACAGAAGAUGGACUCAAGAGAGGACAAAGGUAAAAAAGAGGAGAGGAAGCAGGUGGAGAAAAGAGAAGAGAGAAAGGUUAAAGAAUUAUCUCCGAGCAGCAGCAGCAGCUCGGAGUCAGAGGAAGAAGGGGGGAAAGGCAAGUUAAAGAAAAAGAAGAAAUGCACCUUGAGUUGCUCGUCGUCCUCUUCGUCCUGCUCCGGUUCCUCCUCCUCUUCUUCAUCAUCGUCCUCUUCUACGUCCUCUUCUUCCACGGACGACUCUUCCUGCAGCUCAGAUGAAGAGAGGACCCUUACGCCUCCACCAGGCCCCGCCCCCACGCCUCCAGGACAGGACAAACCGAAAGAAGAGGCAAAUGAAGAUGACGAGGAGGAAGAGGAGGAGGAGGAGGGCGAAGAGCUGAAGGAUGAAGUGGAGGUAAGAGUGGAGGAAGAAGAGUUGUCUCUGCCUUCACUCUCACGAUCUCCCUCGCCUUCAACCUCUCCAACUCCUUCUACGCCCACCAAACCUGCUAAACCGGCGACAGGGAAGGGCUCGGGGCAGAGGGGGCGUCCUCCCAAACCGAGGCCCAGCGGCGGAGACGGGAAGGUGGGGAGACCAAAGCGGAGGGAGGGCGUCCACCUCCCCACAACCAAGGAGCUGGCUAAACGGCAGAGGCUUCCCAGUGUGGAGAAUAGGCCCAAAAUCUCUGCUUUCCUUCCAGCCAGACAGCUGUGGAAGUGGUUUGGAAAACCCACUCAGAGACGCGGUAUGAAGGGCAAGGCCAAGAAGCUCUUCUAUAAGGCCAUCGUGCGCGGGCGGGAGAUGAUCCGCAUCGGGGACUGCGCCGUGUUCCUGUCCGCCGGGCGGCCCAACCUGCCCUUCAUCGGCCGCAUCCAGAGCAUGUGGGAGUCCUGGGGCAGCAACAUGGUGGUGAGGGUCAACUGGUUCUAUCACCCAGAGGAAACGAACCCCGGCAAGAAACUCACCGACAAGAAGAACUGGGAUCAGAUGUGUGGUCAAUCUCUGCCUACCGCUCUGCACUCGUCCAUCCAGAGGAAAGACUUCAUGGAGCGCGCCCUCUACCAGUCGUCUCACAGCGACGAGAAUGACGUGCAGACGGUCAGCCACAAGUGCCUGGUGGUGAGCGUGGAGGAGUACGAGCAGAUGACCCACACGCGGCGCUACGCCGACAGCGAGGACCUUUACUACCUGGCCGGCACCUACGAACCCACCACCGGCAUGAUCUUCAACACCGACGGGGUCCCGGUUAUCUGCUGAGCGGACUCCCUGCCGGCCGACGAAAACCAAAUCAGAGCCCUCCAGCUUCGGACCUGACGAGGGGUUGAGCUGAGAGCCCGGGUUCGUGAUGGACCAUUUAAAAUACUCCGUGACCCACUUCAGACAGGCUAGCGACAGUAUUACAGGGGCGGAAUCUCCUGAAACCUUUGCACACUUGGACUCCGUCGACACCGUUUUGCUUGUCGUGUUGUCGGGAAAACCCGAGAGGGCAAACAAGCGCUUCGGUGCCCUUUUACAUGUAAAUAUACUCUGCGUAAACACAGUCACACACGUACACGGACACGUGUAAAUACUCACCUCAGUGUAACACACACACGGUUAUAUAGAGGAAAAGAACAUGAGUGUUUUCAUUUAAUUGAUGUAUGUCAGAGUACUGUUUCCUAAAGAGCUAAACAGUGGAGGAGCUUUAAUGAACUGUGAAGGGUGGUGAGGAGACAAGCCUGUGACCCCCCCCCCCCCCCCCCCCCCAGGGCCACCUCCUUGGACAGACACAGGCGCCAGUGAUGUGACGUUGUGAUUAGGAUGUUGCCGUGGUGAUGUUACAGUCAUACAAAUGUAUCUACCGAACAGCAGGAGCAACAGACAGAGAGAGAGAGAGAGAGAGACACACACAGAGAGAGACGAGGUUCGAGACCCAACAGAAAGCACUUAACACUUAGCGUCUACCCUCGUUUAACCGAACGCCUGCUCUUCCCCUCGACAAUCCUCCAUCGGGCAGGCGAGCCGUCCGUGUACUACUAAGACUUCUGCCUCCCUCAGAGACUCAGGCUCAAAGAGAGAGGGGAAAGGAAUCUUCUGCUAUUAAAAGCAAUUCCCAUUUUCAUCUUUAGUGUCUGUGCUUCAAGGUAAAAUCCACCCUGAGAACAUUUAAACACUACAAAGCCAGCUGCUGUUGAUGCGUCAUGUAUUUGGCCCAUGUUUGCUCCGAGGCUGGACAAGAUCAGCAGGGGAGAAAGAUCCAAGAGGAGCUAGAAGGGGCGAAGAAAAGUAAACUUUAACACUCGAUCACAGAGCGACUCAGAAGGCACUGAACAAGCCGACGUAUUGACACUGUAGGAGUCCCACAGGGUGGAUUUGUCCUUUUUUAAUUUUUUAAUUUGAGGUGUUUUCGUGGUUGUAAACAGUGCAUUCAGUCCAAGAUGCAUCAAGGUCACUGCUGUUUUCCAGCAUGAAGCUGCCAGCGCUGAUUACAUCACCCGCAUAAUUCAAUUUGAGCAGUUAUCUGCACAGUCUGGCUUCAUUCAUUUCUUUUGACUGCAGUGUUUUCAACCUCCAAAUGUCCUCCGGCUUUAUUUUUCUUUUGCUUCUGCUGUUUCAUGGACAUCAAUCUUACUGUUUACCCGUUUGAUCGCACCUCUACCCGCACAAAGCAAUCAUCUUUGACAUGAGUGCACUUUGAAUGAGCUCCGCUGCAGAGGAGACUUUGACUGGGAGUCCUCCCCCCCCAACUUCCACGUGCCUAGUUUAACCGUAUUUUAGGGGGAAGACUUGAAUGUUGUGCUCAGGGUUGUGAGCUUUUGGGCGGCCUUCCUCUCCCAGGCCUUAUGAUGAUUCGCCAAAACGUUGCUUAUGUCCCGCCCCCUACUGCUCCCAAUCAAAUCAAAUUGGUGUUUCCCCCAGAAUUAUCUGUUCUGUGCGAUAUACAAUUGAAAUUUUAACCGACUUUGUUACACUAUUGUGUAUGGAGUUGAUAUCAGAUUUAUGCGCAGUAUAUAGAAUGCCGUAUAUAUUUAUAUACAUAUAGUAUAUCUGUGGUCAUGUUGAUUCUCUUGUGUUUUUUUACCACGUUGCCCUCUCUCAGCUUUGCUGCAGAGAUUGAAGAUUGUCUUGUUGAUAUUCAAUAGGUUUAAUAUUUUCUACUUUGUUAUCGGUUACAUCAUAUAUUUUCUUGGAGAUGUUAAUGUUGUUCGUGUCACGUACUUUCGCUCAAUGACAAAAGAAGUCUGCCAGUAAUAGUAGAACUUUAGUACAGGAGAAGCAACAAGUGUUUGAUAAAUGUGCUGCUAGUAUUGAAAGUGGUGUAACAAGGUACGGAGUGACUAUAAGUUCUGUUUUCUGAAAUGACCCCAUUGAUUGAUACCAGAAUAUCUAAUCUGCUUAAGCCCCACCUGCUCAUCAAGCCUGCUGCUGUUAUGCCCGCACCCUUCAGGCCGACUCGCUGCAGACAAAAAGGUUUGAGUGAUCCCAUCUAUGGGAGCGUGAUGCAGUUUGCACCGGUUUGCAGAGUUGCAAAAGUUCUCAUGCCGAGCCCGUUAUGAAUGUUUGUUUACCCCUGGAGCUGCUAAAGCACCUUUUCUCUGAGUGAGUGAGACUUCUACCCUCUGGUAUUUGCGCACACCUGUAACCCUUUUAGGUGUGUGUGUGUUAUUGCCUUCCGAUCUCUUUUUGCCCCGUAUCUCCAUCUAAAGCCCAACCGUAUGCCUUCAGACAGGGUACACACACACACACACACACACACACACUGACUGUUUUGCCUUCAUUUUUAUUUGGGGUCAUAAGUUUAACAGCCUGAGUUUGCAUAUGUUCUUUUUCCUCACUCUCUGUUUUGCUUUGGCUUCUCUUUGAAAUGUUUGUUUUUGCUGUGAUUUUUUUGGCAUGUUUCCUUCAUUUGUUUUCCCCUUGCUUUCCUUCUCUGAACAAUUGUCCAAGUCAGUGCCUGUUCAGUUGUAGUGCUGACAGGCCCUGGGAGCCAGCUGCUAGAGAGAAAGAGAGAGAGAGAGAGAGAGAGAGAGAGAGAGAGAGAGAGAGAGGUGGACUGGAGGCUGGUUCUUCGUCUGCUGUUCCUUCAGUAUCAUUAUUGUCCCGUUACAGGAAAAAAAAAAGAUUAUUUUGAAAAGAAAAAGAAAAAUUAUCUAUGUUUUGUAAAUGAUCCUUCACAGCCUAGUGGAGAAAAAUCUAUCAGAAUAUACUUUGUACACAUGUUUAAUCUUGUAAAAAUGCAAAAAGAACAUUUGAGAGAUAAAUCUGUAACCAGAUGUUUUCUGUCACCUUAUACCUACUGUGUAUGUUUUUUUUUCUUUUUUUACAGACUGCAACCAUGUCUAUCAGUGUUUCUUUUAAAAAUUGUUUCAGUGACUCAAUAUUUUAUAGUUGAUCAAUAAACAGAUGGAACUGUA